AGAACUCCAUUCUUUCGUACCAACCGUUUCGUACGUACCUUUUAAAAUACGAGUUUCAUUUUCUCUCUCCCUUUUGUUUCGCAAGAUGUGACAUCUUCACUUUAUUCGACGACAGUUUAUACGAAAGGAUCACAAUUUCCUCCUCGUUACAAUAGGAAAUUCCCAGUUAAUUCCCACGGUUGUAAAUCGUUCCUCUCCCUGCGGAAAGAUAAGAAAGAUAAGAAAAUGUAUCGGCCAGAUUACAUCAUUCCUUGGGUGGAAAUGCGGGCGAGAGACGAGAACAUUCGAAAAGCAUUCAAGUGUUAUCCCGUGUUGGAACCGUUCGCUCCGCGACAUUCGAUCUCUUAUUUUAACAAUAACAAAGAGGACAGCACGAAAUGGGCGUACGAGCGUCUUCAUAAAGUGGACGGUUUCGAUCCCGGCAAGCCGCGUUGCGAUCGUAUCAAGCAGAGUCUUAUUUGGUUGGAAAUCUCGAGGGAGAAUAAAGGUCUCAAGAUCCCGAUGAUUACCAGUCACUCGUACGGUCGACCGAACAGGGUUCAAAUCGAUGUCCCUGACAAGAAGUAUCAUCGAUCCAGUAAACUCAAAGAAUUUUAUUCUCGCUCCGGCUUUGAAUUAAUCAUUGACGAGGAGAAACAGGAGAAACCGAUUUGUCUCAAUUAAAACGAG